UUUCAAAUGGUUAUUGAAUUUCUUGAAGAGCCACUUGGCCUUGGAAGUAGUGGAAGAUAGCUAAUUAACUAAUAGUUAAAGAAAACGUUGUAAAAACUAACCAAACUAUAAUGCAGAUAGUCAUCAUCUUACGUCAUUCUAUGUAGCUCAGUGCAAAAAAGAAAAAAAAUGGAAACUCCGCGUACCGAUAUCUUCGGCGCGCCACUUCUCGAAGUGACAUCUGCAGAGAUGACCAGAUAUUCCGAUAACACGCUGUUAAAGCAUAGAGAAGAAUUUGAGCGGUAUCAAGAAGAGCGGUCUGUCAAAAAAUGGCAACAAGUAAAGGGAAUUGGUUCACAGGUGGAGAGGGUGUUUGCGAAGAGUGGGAUUACAUUCAACAACGGGGUAGCUGGUGGAGUUGUAGGAGAGAGUAACAAGCUAGAUGUGCCUACGACAAGAGAACGCAAAAGUUAAGCACAGGUGAAAACGGAUUCAACUUCAUCUGGAACAACCACAACCAGUAAAAGCCCACCUCAUCCCCAAUAAGUUCCGACUCUCCUGAAGACGCUUGGCGACCUCUCUAUUCCCCGAAAGUCAUCGGAUCCGUGUCGCAGUGUGCGUAUGAUUUGUUUUUGCGCAGCAGGAAGUUUGAGGUGAAUAUCGAAGCUUUUGACGCGGUGCACGAAAUCAUCCAUAAUCCGGCCUUUGUCGGCCGUCAUCGCCAAGCGGAUCACUUCAUCUUUCUCCCUCAAACAUGCAGACUUGGACUUGUUGU